AAAGACACACACACACACACACACACACACACAAUGAUGACGCUACAUACCAACUGCUGUUAGAACAAAGGAACACUGAGAAAGCAUGUGUACAAUGGAUGUUUUUAGGAGAUGGAGGGCAGGUUGGUGUUUUCCCACUACACUGUUGUGUUUUUAUGGAUUUUUCAGCUCGGUGAAACCGAUAGAACCGUUUCUCAUCAGCUACAUGACCGGACCUGAUAAAAACCUCACCAUCGAGCAGGUGGCCAAUCAAAUUUUCCCAGUGUGGACGUACUCAUACCUGGCCAUGCUACUUCCUGUGUUCCUGCUCACAGACUGGCUGCGCUACAAACCCGUGAUUGUGAUCCAAUGCUGCGCCCUUUUCUUAACCACAGCAAUGUUGCUAUGGUUACAGAGCGUGGGGGCGAUGCAAGCAAUGCAGUUCUCCUACAGCGUGGUGACGGCCUGUGAGGUGGCAUAUUUCUCCUACAUUUACAGUGUGGUGGAUUCGCAGUUUUACCUAAAAGCCACGUCCUUCUGUCGCGCCGCUCAGCUCAUCGGCUACACUGUCGGUUCUGUCGCCGGACAAAUCCUGCUUUCGCUCAAAUUAAUGUCAUACUACUACAUACUGGUGUUCACAUUAGUGCUCAUCUCCGUUUCCUUCAUUGCCGCAGUCCUCCUCCCAAUGCCCAGCACCAGCAUGUUCUUCCACCAGAGUAAAAGUGGUGAGAAAGGAGGAGAUUUGAAGCAGGUGGAAGACUGCAGUGAGGAAGGAAAAACAGUAGAAACAGGAAAACUUGAAACAGACUGUAACAAUGGCAUUGUAGAGUUUAUGGAGGAUAAGCAGCAGGACUCACAGGUAGCUCAGGAGGGGAAUCUGGAAAAAUCUGAAGCAGAGAAAACAGGUUGUAGUGAAACUAUCCUGCAACUCUGGUUGGAUUUCCGACAUUGCUUCUCCUCCACUGAAAUGCUGAUCUGGUCCGUGUGGUGGGCAAUGGCGACCUGUGGCUACAAUCAGACUGUGAACUACGUUCAAGCGCUGUGGGAAACCGUGGAGCCGAGCAAAAACGACACACUGUACAACGGAGGAGUAGAAGCUGUUUCCAACCUGUUCGGUGCAGCUUCAGCAUAUGGUGUUGGCUUUAGCCAUGUUAAUUGGUCUCGCUGGGGUGAACUGGCUCUCGGCUCUCUCUCCGCCCUCAGUAGUGCAGCGCUGUACGUCAUGGUCUUCAUUUCCAACAUCUGGAUCUGUUAUGGAGGCUACAUCGUCUUUAAGAGUCUCUAUAUGCUGCUCAUUACCAUCGCCAUGUUCCAGAUUGCUGCUGGUUUGUCUGUAGAGCGCUAUGCACUUGUCUUUGGAGUCAACACCUUCAUUGCACUCAUUCUGCAGACGAUCCUCACAUCCAUCGUUGUGGACAGCAGAGGACUCGGCCUGGAUAUCAUAACACAGUUUAUUAUCUACGGCUCAUAUUUCUGCCUUAUUGCUCUGAUCUUCUUCGCAAGAGGUGCGUACACACACAUCUACCUGCAGAGGACAACGCAGAGAGUAACAGAGCCGAACACACACAAUGACGGAGAACAAGCAUGCACAUAUUCAGCGAAACUCUAAACAAUUCAGCCGCAGUUCCUCAGUGAUGCGGAUCGGAUGGUAUAUAGUGUGAAUGAUGCAUUGUUUUUGUAUUUGUUUUUUUAUGAAAAGAUAUUUAAUCAUUUCUGGAAAUGAACUGAUAUUCAUAUCGCAAUAAUUUGUAAUAAUCAUCAGUCUUAAACAUCUGACUUUUUUAUUGCUGAAUGCUAACAUUUGAAAAUACUAACAAACCUAUAAUGUACAGUAUAUGUAAGUUAUGGCUUGUGCUAUAGGGCAAAUAAAUUACAUAUGUAUAUAUUGUAUAGAAAGUCUUGCAUGCUGUAGCAUUACAGUUCCCCUUCACUGGAACUAAGAGGCUCCAUGAAGACAUGGUGUGUGAAGGUUGGAGUGGAAGAACUCGAGUGUCCUGCACAGAGCCCUGACCUCAACCCCACUGAACACCUUUGGGAUGAACUGGAACACCGACUGAACCCCAGAUCUCCUUGACAUCCCAACAUCAGCGCCUGACCUCACUAAUGCUCUUGUAGCUGAAUGAACACAAAUCCCCACAGCCACGCUCCAACAUCUAGUGGAAAGACUUCGCAGAAGAGUGGAGCUUAUUAUAACAGCAAACACAGGGGAAUAAAUCUGGAAUGAGAUCUUCAACAAGGACAAACUUUUGGCUGAAUAUCGCCCCAAUAUGACUCAGCAAUUGAGCCAUGUAUCUCGUAAACAGCGAUCAAUAGCGAUUGUGCGAUAUAGAUAGAAACAUCAACUGGAAAAAUAUGUUAAAAAAAAAAGUAAUAAUAGAAAUGUUUGAGUUUUAUUCCAAAGGGACUUCAAUUCUACUUCCCACAAAAUGUAGUCCAAAAUGGAACAAAUCUGUACAGAACAUCUGUUUGAAAAAAGUUUAGACUCUACCGAACAAAUUUUCUGCUGAAUGAAGCUUGUACAUGGUUUUGAUCCAGUUAAAAAUUACAUUCCUCAAGAUUUAAACUGGACAUCAACAUAAACCGCACAUUUUGUGACUCACACCCAGAGACUUCCAUCCAUUUUUUUUGUUUUGUUUUUUUGGGAUUGCGAUCAAACACGGAGAGAUUUUGGCAGCUCUGGUUUCAUUGUGUAUUUUGUUGACAGAGACUUUAAGCUCUACUUUGAGAAUGUUUUGUUUGGCUUCAUUUCCUUUGUAAAAGAAAGCAAAGAUGUAAAUUUUUUAUGUAAUUCAAUUAUGUUAAUGAUAAAAUACUUUAUCCGUGGGUGCAAAGUCUUCCAAAUUAAGCCCUUAUUUUCCGAAACAAUAUAGUAAAAUGUAUCCACUCUAUAGAACAAGAACGCUAAAAAAACUGGGAUGUUUGUGCUACGUUUGGUGGUUUUAUGUAAUUCCAUUGUUGUUUAUUUGUUUUGCUUUUCCUGUUGCUUGUGUUGUAUUGUGUUGUCUGAGAUCUGCUUCCCCUGGCGCCGAGUGUUAACUGUUGCAUUGUUAAAUGUUAAUCUGUUAAUGAUUUAAGUAUAUAAAGAUAAAUAAAACAAUGUGGCAUGUAGGGA